CUGGAAGUCCUGCCGGGGGAGGGCGCCUGUGCCCGGGGCGUCCAGGUGGUGGAAGAGCUCCUGCAGGAUGGCAAGUAAGUUGCCAGAUCUUGAGGAAAAGAAGGAGUGUGCAGAAGAAGAAGGAGCCAAGGCAAAAUCAACAGGUUUAAUAUCUCCACAUUCAGAGAGCACUUAUGAAUCUGAGUUCCCAGAGGCAUGUGCAGGGGGUCAUCCCACUCCCGAAGACGAAAGCAUGACACUAUGUCCUUCUGCAAAAAGUGAAGAACUUGAUUCUCAGCAUAUAAUUACCUGCACAUUUUCUAUCUCAUUGGCUCUUCCACUUGUAAUUCCAACACUUAAGACUUGGCCAUCAUCUAGACAUGAAAUCCAAACACCGUCUAGAACACGAGAAGGAUUUAUUCCAAAAAUGCUACGUUUUUAUCACAUGGAAUAUUUUCUUCUGCCAGAUGAUACUGAUCCUCGAAAAUUAGAUUUGGUGUUAUUUGGUCCAUUGGCUAAACUAUAUUUGGAAACUGAAUCUAAGCCAGGGACUCCAAAAGAUGGUGAGCGGCCCAGGUCGAAAAAGACAGCCACACUGCAUACUUCAGUUGUGAAACCAUGGCUUGAAAAUGACCAGAUCUGGGUUUCAUGGAAUCAUAGUGUUGAAAUUAAUGUUACCAAUGACUUCCUAUUAAAGCUAAGAGACCACAACAUAACAUUGAGAUUAUGGGAUCUCAAAGAAAAAGUUUGCUCAAAAGCCAGAUUUGGUAAACAUAAGGUUGCUGUGCCACAUUUGGAUCAAGAUUUUGAAGGUGCUGUGAAGCAAAUAGUUUUGUGCCAAAGAGAAUUUGUAGAACGCAGUCAACCUAAACCCAGUCGCACAAAAAGUAAAGUAACAGAAGAACAUCAUAUGCAGGAGAAACUAACAGUUCCUCCUAAUUCACCUACCAGCAAGCAUUUAGAGGAGGAAUCUAAAGCCGAUGAGCAUAGAUCCUUCCCUAGAGGAAGUUCUGCCAACAUUCCCACAAAAUCUGAAGAAAAUAUCCGAUCAAUGAGCUUUAUCAGUUUUUCUGGGAGCAUUGCUUCUUCACUUAAAGACAGAACUAUCCAGGAGGCCAAAUUGUUAAAGCAAAAGCGCAAUUCAAAAUCUUCUGCUAAACUUGCUGGUGCUACAAGGUCUACUUUGGGAAAGUUAGCAAGCCAUGCAGGGAAGAAAGACUCGUCUGGACUUCUCCUCCAGUUAUCAGAAAGGAAGAAAACAGCACAGAAAAAUACUAUGUCUGUUCCAGAAAAGAAAAGUGGAACAAGCCACCACAAAUCGUCUACUAAAGAAGCUGCUGCUCAAGCAGCACUGGCAAGGAAAUUUGGAAUAGCAUUUUUGCAGCUCAGCCUCAUGCCCCUACUCUCAGGAGAACGCUAUGUGGCAAGUCAACUGAAAGAGAAGUCCCUUAAAAUUUUGGAUGCAUACUUAAGCUUAUCAGUGGAGAAGGCUCUCAUGACAGAGAAACAGAAACAAGAAUUAAACCCACUAGUUAUCAGGAUUAAGUCUGCAAGAUGUUUACCAACCACUCCUGUUCCAAUUGAAGUGCUGCAGAGUUCAUGUGUUCCAGUUUACUGCAAAUACCAAUUCCAUAAUAUGCCUCCCCAUCAAACACAGGGUCGAGAUCAUGGAACUGAUGUUUUCUUUAAGGAUAUGAAUGUGAUUCUUUUAGGAACUUUAAAACCUGGAGAACUGAGUGAAUAUCUAAGAGGACCACCCCUGGAAAUUGAAGUUCAUGACCGAGACAAGAAAAUGGAAGCUAUCAGGACAAAGCCUUCUUUAUUUGGCGAGGAGCCAGGAGACAGCAAACUAAGUAAUUUGAAUAAUGUCACUUCUAGAUCUAUGUUCCAGAAUCCUAUUUCAGAGGAAGUUUGGCAUCCUUAUGGCAUAGCAAAAAUCAGCCUGGUUGACUUACUGCUAGGUGAGAAGACCUUGAAUUUCACUGCACCCAUUCAGAACUGCUCAGUUCAAGAUACAAGUGUUUGUCAGGGAGAAAAUAUUGCUGAUAGGGGAGCAGAUGGUUCUCAAGUUGUCCAGCUACCAAUGGGGCAUUACGUGACUGCAGAGUCACAUCUUAAAGUGAGAGUUGAAAUAACUGUACCAUUACAUCCCAAGGAGGAAUUAGAGGACUCUGAAACUGCACAUUGUCCAUAUGGCUGUAUCAUCUAUAUUUUUGACUAUAAAAAUACAUCACUUUUAAAUUAUUUGUUGCAAGAGAUUACAAAAAUUAAUGCAGAGGCUCUCCAUCUUGAUUCUUACCCAUUACCUACAAUGCAAAAAUCUCUCAAUACUUUACAACUAAAUCGCAAGCUUCCUUUUGAAGACAUUUCUCCAUUGGACGUUAUUACUGGAUUUCACAUACUAGAUGGAGCCAUUCAUCUGCUUAUUUUGGAAGGCUUUAAGAACAAAGGACUUAAGAAGUUGUGGAAUAAAAAAAUAGAUAGAUUGCAAGAAUCUAAAACUGGAAGAUUACAAAUAUUUUAUAACUCACAGCUGUCUUUUCAUCAGCGGCUGUAUGCAGAUCUUGAAGCUAUUGUGUUUCAUAUUCGCCUCUGCAAGCCACUCACUAGUAUCAUGAAGCAGCCUUUGCUGUAUAUCAGGGAUAUGGUUCCUCAGCCAUGUUUUGAAGCUUUGGUCAGGCUUGAUUACAUCUGCCAAGUUACAAAGUUAAGGGAUGUGAUCCAUCACAAUCUUUUGCCUUCCGCAGAAAUGAUUACAAUGCUUAGCCAAGAGUUUGGCAUUCCAUUGAGUACAGAUGACCUAUUUAUUGAGAAGCCCCCAAAGAUCUUAGACAAAUUUAAUAUUCCAAUCAAGUGUUUGCACAGGAGGCGAGGUAUGCGUUGCCAUUUGGAUAACCAUAAUGAAGAGUACAUAAUGAAAAAAAUGCAAAUGGAAAAUCUGACUCCACAAGACUAUAUCCAGUCUAAUAUUGAAAACUUGAACCUGCUCAGCAAGAUGGUGAAAAAGGAAGUCCCUAGAACCAUCAGGGCCUUUCCUUCUGAUGGCAAGUCCAUCUUUAACUACAGUUGCCAGACCUUGAAUUCUGCAGAAAUCGCUAAGAGGCUACUUCGACAGGAGAUGGCACAGGCACCAGGACAGAGAUUUGCUUAUGGUCAUAAAUAUCUAUCCAGUAUGUUUGAUCCAGUGGAUGAGCAUAGCGCAAAGAAGGAAUCCACAGAGCAGUCAAAGAAGCUGUGGCUCUCACCAGACGGAUUUGUAUACCCUGGAUUUAAAAGCAGCAUUGAAUCCAAUUUGCAUCCUCUUAUGCCAGAUGAGGCACGGGUGAUGGAGCUUAGCGAGAAAUGGCAGGAGAACUUUUUCAAUGCUGGCCAAUUAAAGCCAGUUCUGGAUCGAGACAGAUGGUGUUGGGACAAACGGAAUGAUGAUUUUGAGCUUUACAAAAAACCACCAUGUGCUGUUGUGAUCCUUGACACUCGCAGAGAAGAACCUAAGAAAGAAAUAUGCUGCAACACUGCAAUGAAAGUCCACAGAUGCUGUCCAGCAACAGAACUCAUUUCAAGUGGACCAAAAGCUAGUUGCCAGCUAGCACGCAGCCAAGGACUCCUAAAGGACAAGCCAAUCAAAUUGUCCCUAAAGAUGCAGCCUACUCCAGCUGCAAAAAUAUUAGACACUGUGGUAAUGGCCAGCUCCGGUAAAGGAUUUGUUCCUGGCAAUGACCCUCAUCUCAGUUUGAAGUCAAGUAUCAACAUAAUUCCAUGCUAUGACCGGAAACACAAUGUAUUUAAAUCUCUGAAAGGAGCAGACUUCAGAACAAUCUGUCAUAAACAUUCAUUUCGGUAUAAGAGGCAGUCCCCACUACAAUCAGUUUUAAAGGAUAAUGAAAUCUUAACACAAGAUGUGCAAGGUAAACUGUGUGAUGAAUUAGUGUUGGUUGUGCUGUAG